CCACCCAUACAUUCCUUCUAGCCAAUAAGAAAUCCGAUGGCGAUGAAGACUACCGCAUAAUAUUCACAAUCAAAUACUUCCACUCAAAAUGGACUCAAGAUCGCCGAAACGCCGCCGCAUCUCUCGCGAACCCGCCGACGAUCAGGGUCAAGAACAAGAACAAGACAACGCUCGCGAUGCACCCAGACUGAGCCCCAGAUUAACGCGAGCGCGCCGUUCAUCAUAUGCGUCACCAACACGAGCCAGCUUGGCGCGAACUGAUCCGGAAGGCCUGGAACAGCGAGACAACGAAACGCGAGAGCGCCAGCAACAACGAGCAGCAGAGGCGGCCGCCGCAAGAGAGGCAGUGGCGGGUGACAAUAGCCAACGCACAGAUGCUGCUGAAUUAAGUCGUGGCCGACAAGCAGCUGCGACAGAAACUCAACCGCCCACUGCUUCUAGACGCGCCUCAUCUCGAGCAGUAGCGGCUGCUCCAUCCCCAGCCCGACCAAAUCCUCGACCAUUCCCUCCUCCAGGUCCUCCCGAUGAAGACCCAUUCCUGCCCCGUACCUCACGAGCACAGCCAAAUACCGGCAUUACGAUACCUAGACCCCGCGAACCGUCACUUCCCCCAAGCAAUCCCGACUCCAUUACAUCCACACCCCCAAAGGGCAUCCACAGCAGUCCGUCAAGAUGGCGGUCGUCGCGGCGCGGCAAGACGCCAAAGAGCUCGCCACUGAAGCAGUCACCUCUUCAAGCUCGAUCUCAAGCUAUGAACGACAACAUGCAAAGCCCAUCGGCGCGUCGAUCCCGAAACGUUCUGGUGCAGCCUGGCCAAGAUGAGAAUGUAGAUCUGAAUCCCAAUGUCGACCCAGCGCGCAAGAUUCCCAACCACGACCCAGCAAAACGUAAACAACGCGACAAGCUGCAGCAGGAAUAUGAGCAACUACAGCGAGACUGGCGCAUAGCGAGUGCCGAAAACCAGCGCCUGCUGAGACUCCAAACUAGUGGUAGAAGAGUUGCAGCAACCAAUCAGUCCGCUAUUCUAGAUCUCCUGCGCCGCCACCUGGUCCCGGCUGAUCUGCUGGCUCAGCCGCCACAAUCACAGCAACUUUUAAUGGCAGCAUUAAAUCCAAUGGGUCUUGUGCCCUUUGGGACUGCGGAUACAGAGAAUGCGACGAAUGAGGAACUCGAAAGUCUGGCCAACAUCAAGUCGCAUCAUCCUGUCGUAAUGACAUCGGAGGAAGAGCUACCAUAUCUGCAGCUCUUCAGCCCGUUUGAAAUCACAACUACUAUUGCUGCCGAAGCAAGAACGGCUGACCAACCGUUCCGUCAGCGUCGCUUAAUUAACAUCCGCUCCCGAGAAUCACCACCGCUUUUCCACUCUCGUAUCGAGAUGACUGUGAACCCGAUGUCACUGGAAAUACUGGAGCUUGAUGUCCCAGCGAUGGACCCAGCAGCAAAGCAAGAGCUCGGCCCGUUUGCCGAGAAGAUAUGUAGCGGGAGAUGCAAUCGCAGCAUGCAGCGCAAUGUUGGCGUGCUCUCCUGGGCCAUGGGAGAGUGGCAUCGCAUCGCUUUGCAACGUGCGGAAGGCUGGGCACGUUUGGAGAAAGAGCUCGCAGACAAGAAUGCAUUUUUUGAUGCGGCAGCAAAGCUGCGAACUGGCAAGAGAAGACUACAAGAGAUUGACGGACCAGAAUCCGCAUCAACUGCACCGCUCAACAAUGCCGACAUUAUUAGGUUUAUGGGGCAGCAGGCCUUUGAAAUUGCCGUUGACCAAGAUGGUGACUCAAGCUCUGCUGCACAUAUUCGCCUGGAAUGGGUCAUUGGAUUUGACUGGACUGGCGAAGCAGAGAGCAAGAUUUCUGCCUUGUUCGGCGUCCCUGGAAAGUGGCGCAAAGUUGACCGGCGUGGCAGCUUGCGAAGACUCCCUAAACUCUUCCAGGAUUUGGUCAAUGGCGGGGAAACUGUUCAUCUUGCGGCCCGCAAGAUUGCCGCACUCAUGAUGGGCGAGUAGCUGUAGCUGUAGUCGCUGGCUGUGUGGGAGAUGUACGAUGUUAUGAUUUUCUCUUAUUUGCAUGAUGAGACGGCACGAGUUUAGCUGUCCAUUGUUUGAUGGUUUGGGUUGGCGUAGGAUACCCCCCUCCAUGGCACCUUCAAAAGGCGUCUUCUGGGAAUAUAUAGUUACUUCACGGCGCAAGGGUUCUGAAUGAGAGAGUGUUUACAAUUUUGAAGAGUUGUUAUUAUAUUAUCGCGUUGCAACGUGUGAUUCAAGUAGGCAAUUGUUGCGUGUUGCGUCGAGGCUCGCACAUCUUGGGGAUAUUAUUUCUGCAGCACGUCGCCUCCCUAUGUUGCAACCCAUUUGUCCUUUUUUAUACCGCGCCAUCUUCGUACGUCAUUCGAAUCGUUUUCGAUACCGUGGCAUUUAGUCGACAUCGACGCCGAGCUUGCGCAGGUCGACCUUGGCAGUUUCAAUCUCGUCCAUCAGCUCCUUGUGCGCCUCGGGGACAUCGUUGAAGGUAAGAAUGCCGAAGCCGAGACGGAAGAGAAGAAGAGCGCCAAAGGAAACGAGAGCCCAGAAGGGAAG